CUUUUGUUAUCGUACGAGUAAGAACGACACCUUUAACCGACACAUUUCUUUAAGAAUAUUACACAUUUACAUGUGUUUAAUGUGUGUUUAUAUGUGUGAAUAUGUAACUAUAUAUGGAUUUAUCAUCUGUCAUUACGGUAAUUAAGCGGUUUGCGUUUGGCCGUAUAUCAGCGCCAUUACGGUAGCUCGCUGGUGCUUCAAACAUGGCGGUGUCCAGUUUGAGCCAUUGCGGCCGCUUGUCUUGGGUCAGACUGCUCGGCCUCAGGACAAAUUGUCCUCCAACGGCGUGUCUUUAUUAUCCGUAUGUCCACUGUCAGCCAAGGUUGCCGCUGUGUAGACUUUACUCAUCCACGGAGGUCAGACGAGGUCUUGGUCGAUACGUGACCUCAAGGCUACAGUGGGCAAAUAGCAAAUAUGAAGCCUUUCUCAAAAGGAGAUUUCCUCGUUUUUAUCAGCUUUACCAUACCUUUGUGGAAGGAUUCAAACUGUUGUUCAGUGAUAUCAAAGAGGUGAGGAGGAUCAAAACAAAAAUGUACUCUGGAGGAGUAGAAUUCCGCAACUUGCCCUACAGGGAGAUGGAGAAACUCAGACAGUUUCGCAGGAACAUGAUCAAAGCCAUCCCCCUAGUGGUGAUCUCAGCCCCUCCCUUUGCCAACUAUCUGGUUUUUGUCAUGAUGUAUUUUUUUCCACGCCAGCUUCUCAUCCCUCACUUUUGGACUCCUAAGCAGCACUUAGAGUUUCGAGCACUGUAUAAUUCCCUGAGGGCCCAACACCACAGACCAGUACUAACCGAGCUCGAGCGCUCCAGCGUCCUGAUCAAAAAUGCUCCGCUAAUGAGCCGCCUGAAAGACCUCUGUGUGAAAGUCCAGGGCGGAGCUAACCCCAAAGUGUCUGAGGUCCUCGCUGUCCGGACCCUGUUCUCUGGACCUCCUCUGGUCCUGGAGCGUUUGGGUUUGGAACACAUGCGACACAUCAGCCAUUUGCUCUUCCUGACGCCACGCCUCCCUGGUUUCCUGAUCCGUCGUAGACUGAACAGGCACGCCCUGGAGCUGCUGCAGCUGGACCGGGCCCUCAGCAGGCUGGGCAUGCACCAGCUCAGUGACUCUGAGCUCAGGCAGGCCUGUUACGUGAGAGGCCUGGGUGCUGAUCAGCUGAGUGUGGACCAGUGUCGGGCCUGGUUGUCUCAGUGGCUGCAGAUAUCGUCCGCCCUGAAAGACUCUGAGGUGUCGCUGAUUUUGCACAACAUGGUUUUCCUCUCUGCCAACUACCCGCGUGCUCUCGGGCAUUCACACUGACGAGGAACCAGAAGAACCCCAUCUUGUAAUUCCGUUUACUUUCGUACACACAAAAAACACAACUUUAUUAUUUCUUCUUCUUCUUUUGCCAAAAAUUGUCUUUACUUUAAAAACUGUAGUCAUAACUUCAGCGAGGGCGACACCUACUGGUGUAGUUUAGUCUCAAAUCCUUGUUGACUGACAUGUAAAGAUGACAGCGUCUCUGACACUUUAAGCUACACACACACAUGAAGAAGCUCCAGAAGGACAGCAGAGCCACAUGUAUUAUUUUUUGGACGUUCAGCGUCAGCGUUCUCCAGCAUUCCAUUCACAACAGUCAGGAUUAUUCUGGGAUAUUUCAGUGUCAAACUUCUACAAACUUCCUCUGCUCAGCUCUGUUGUCAUUUUACCUCAGUUUGUGGUUUUUUUUUUUAGAUGAAGUUGUGCUGGUCAUGAUGAAAUUGUAGAUAAACCAGAAAAGGGAUUUAAAAAAACAGAAGUUGUUUGAGCUUAAAAAAAAAAAAGAACUCAUACUCACUGCCUCUGACACAUCAAAAGAAUUAGCACUUUGUUUACUGCAUGGUGUUCAGGCUACAAGCUGCACUAGAAUUAAAUUUAAAAUAAAAAA